UUUGUUUUUUCUUCAGCACAGUAAAUUGACGAAACUGCCCUUGACUAAACAGCUCCUUCUGUUUCCGUUUUUGCCCCUUCUCCUUCGUUGAUAACCCUUCGUUCGCUCACAGAAGCCCCCAUUUCCAGUUCGUUUUGAACCAGCUGGUUGGGGGGCAGCCAUGGAAGAUCUGCACAUGGAUGGGGAGCCGUCGAUCUUUGUUUGGGAGGUGCGCUGCAAAUCCAGCCGUCCUUUUGCUCUUCGUCUGAGAGAUUUCUGGUGGGAAGAUUUUCCAUCUUUUCUACAGCCUUCCACUCAGACUUCCAUCUCUCUUGCUUUCGAAUUUCUGCAUCCUUUGUCUCCAGGUGACUCUUUGUGUGUGAAGAAAGGCUUGCGAUUGCCCUUGCUGCUGUUGUGGGACAGAGCCAGUGUAUAUGUACAGAAGUUGUGAUGCUGGGUUCGCUUCUAACCAGGUUGGUUGGCCUGGUUGCGGGGCAAUGAUGGAAGAGGUCGGUCUACUGUUGGAGAUUAUCUGGAGGCUUCGAUUUUUAUAGGAGUGGCGUGCGUUGGUCUUCUUCUUCAGAUCGAACUCCAGCUUUCUCUCUGUUUCAGUCUCUUUCUCUCACUGAUCUUUGCUAGGGACUGGAAUGGAUACGCAGGAUACAUCUCCUUCAGUGUUGCUAUUCUUUGACAAGGAAAGAUUUAUAUUUAAUGCUGGAGAGUAUGAAUCACAGUUAGGCAGUCAUCCAAUUGCUUCAGGUGAGCUUGGGUACGAAAUCCAAAUACGAGAAGCAGUCGUUCGCCCAAAUUGUUUAACCAUUCUUCGCUUUAAAGAGUCAAGACCUCCAUCAAAGAGAAGAAAAGUCAUGAAGAAAUUGCAAAACAAAGCCCACCGAAUUAAACAACGUGCUGCUCAAAACUAUUCAAAUUUUGCUAUUUUAAUAGCUCCUUCCCACUAUUAACAUCUCAAUGUAUAUACAAACAUGUGUACUAUUUUAACAUAACAAGUAGCCUGUAAAAUAUGUGAUUUCCUUUUUUUCCACUUAUACUUCCUUAGUUAAGCAUAAUGCUACGAGUUAAAUCUCAUUGUAUAUAUAAACAAUUUUAUUUUGUUUACGUAAUUUCAAAACCCGCAGCAUCGCGCGGGCUUUAUUGCUAGUAAGAAAGAAAGUGGAAGGGGAAAGAGAGACAGCUACAUAAGAGAGAACAAGAGAAGAAAAAAUAAAGAGGAAAGAGAAGGAAAGAAUCGGAGAGGGGUGUGGAGAGGAAGAAAAUCAGUGAGAGAAAAAGGGAGGAGGGAAGAACAAAUAUAAAUGGGAAACAGUAAAAAAAUAUAUUUCGGCUGCAGAGGCGUAGAGAUGUGAUGGGCAAAAUGCUUUGGGUAGAGCAAAUGGCAAAAACAAACGAAGUAAAAUACACGUAUAAAACAUUUUGGGGCCCCUUUAAUUGGAGGGCUAUGGCCGCCGCCCUCGGGGCAGCCCUGAAAAUCAAAUAUAUAUCUCUUAAAAUGGAUGACAAAUUGAAAAUUGUUGUAAAGUUUUUGAGUGGAGCCCACACAUCUGGAAAUAAUGAAACAUCAUGAUGAAAGUAUUGUGGAAGUGGAAUCCACAUAUUGGAGGACAUGAUUGCACGUUUCCUUCUAAAAUGCCAUAGUUGACUUACAGCCUGUAAAGUCUUCCUGUAAGUGAAUUAUUGUUAGAAAGAUUAAGAAAUCUUUGGUGAAUUUCUCUUACAAUCUUGUGCGCAGAGCAAGCAAAGCAAUGGGUAGUUGCUUGUCAAUCUCCUUAUCAUGCGAUGCCAUUGUUUCACGCUGCUGGGAUUCCGUUUUUGGAAGAGUACGGUAUGUACGUAAGCUCCAAGAAAACCUUCAAGCUCUCACAACUUCUUUACAAGAACUCAAGUCUUUAAAGGAUGAUGUGCAGAGAGAGGUUGAGCUUGCAGAGCGGCAGCCGCGAUUAAAGCGGUUAGAGCAGGUAAAUAACUGGAUUUUAAGCGUGGAGGCUCUUGAGACUGAAAUGAACCAAGUUAUUGUAAGCCAUAGCACUCAAGAAAUUGAGAAAUUAUGCUGCGGAGGUUACUGCUCCAAGAACUACAGAUCCAGCUACAAGUAUGGAAAAAAAGUUGCUAGAAAGUUGGUGGAAGUGGAGGCUUUGAAAAGCAAGGGAAUUUUUGAAGAGGUGGCAGCAGAAAGCUUACCUACAGCUCUAGUGGAUGUGAUACCUAGUGAGCCAACAGUGGGCAUGGAGCCGAUUUUUGAUCAGGUUUGGAGACACGUUGAAGAUGAACAAGUGGGAAUGAUUGGCUUAUAUGGAAUGGGUGGGGUGGGGAAGACCACCCUCCUUACCCAGAUCCAUAACAACUUCAACCGCACUCGUAAUGAUUUCAAUCUUGUGAUCUGGAUUGUGGUAUCCAAGGGCCACAAAAUUGAAGUUAUUCAAGAUAAGAUUGGUGAAAAGAUUGGGCUGUCUAGUGGUGUAUGGAAGCUUAAACAGCAGCAUGAAAAAGCUGAAGACAUCUUCAGAAUCUUGAACACAAAGAAGUUUGUGUUAUUAAUGGAUGAUUUAUGGGAGCCAGUUGAAUUAACCAAAGUAGGGGUUCCAGCUCCUGACAGUCGGAACAAGUUCAAGAUAGUUUUCACAACUCGCUCUGAGGAGGUAUGUGGUCAUAUGGAUGCCCAGAAGAAGAUAAAGGUGGGGUGUUUGACUUGGGACAAAGCAUGGAACUUGUUUCAGAAGAAGGUUGGGAAACAAACACUUCUUCUUCAUCCAGAUAUCCCCAAGCUUGCUGAAAUUGUGGCGAACGAGUGUGGCGGUUUGCCACUGGCACUCAUCACAGUGGGCAGGGUCAUGGCCUGCAAGAAAACACCCCAAGAGUGGAAGCGUGCAGUUCAAGUCCUGAGAAGAUUUGCCUCCGAGUUUUCAGGAAUGGGAGAUAAGAUAUAUUAGAUGAAUAUGGUCAUGUAGAGGAAGCCAAAAAUGAGAGUUACCAUAUCAUAGGAACUCUUCUUACCUCAUGUUUGUUGGAAGAUGA